GAUGUACGCGGUUCAGAUAAGAUUACAUCCAGUACGCGACAGUUUCGUGGCCGGUUAAGACGAGGCGGGCAAAUGCGUAUCGGUCGCGAAAACGCCCGGAGGCAAUAAUGUCGGACGGCGAGGCCGUCGAAUUUGGUCUUUCUACGAGCAUCCCCUGGGACCCCACAUCAUGACGCGGGUGGUUGUCGGGACGACCUGGCUCGUCGCUCUUGUCCUCGACGCGGUCGCGCUCGUCGGUGCCGCAUCGCCGGAACGCUGCCCGUCGUUGUGCAUGUGCGGUACCUGGUACGAGCUGCAGCACGCGUCGUGCACCGGACGCCAUCUUUACAGCAUUCACACAGGUGCGCCGAGCACCGUGCAGGCCCUGGAUCUGUCGAAUAACUCGAUAUCGGUUUUAAAAAAUUACGAAUUGGCUGAAGCAGGAUUGACGAGGCUCAAAUAUCUCAAUCUGUCCAUAAAUGCGAUUAGCGAAAUCGAUCUAAAUGCUUUUAAUGGAUUAUCCGAGUUGACGGUUUUGGAUCUAUCGAGAAAUCAUCUGUACUAUCUCUUGGCGGACAUUUUUGUGCCAAUGAAGAAUCUGCGAAUACUACGCUUGUCAAAGAAUAACUUCAAUUCUCAUAUACCGAAACUGGAAUGCCCCUGGCUUAUGGAUCUAAGUUUGGACUCAUGUCAAAUUAGCUAUGUACCGAUGGACAUGUUUAACGGACUCUCCCAUCUUCGUACUCUUGAUCUUUCAAAUAAUUUAAUGAUUCAAUUGGAUAUUACUACUCUUGAAAGCUUACAAUUCUUAAGAAAAUUAUCAAUAGAGGGAAAUCCCUGGUCCUGUGAUAAGCUUACACGUGACUUGCAGGUAUAUUUGACCCGCAAAAAUAUACAAUAUCAUGCGGUAUGCGCGAAAAGUGCGGAACCUAAGAAGUUUGAAAAAAUGGUAGUCUACAAUCCGUAUGUUAAAUAUGAGAAGCGUCGGCCCUCGAUAACUUCGAACUCGAGCAUCAAAAAAAUCACGAAAAAACAUUCUGCGGUCGUGCCGACACAGGAAAAUACCAUUAGAUGCGUUAAUGCGACAGACAAGGCGGGCUUUAUAAAAGCGUUGGAUUCCAUGUCACCGUAUUGGUUUUUUGCGAUCGGAUUUUUACUCGGUAGCGCAUGCGGUAUGUUCACGUGUUACAUUUGGCUCACAAAGAAGAUAUCUUGUUGUCGCGGAUGUCGUCGCAGGCGAAUCGACGCUCAAAGAGUUUCGUUGCUGCAAAAUUUAUGGCAAUUCGAGGAUUCUACUCUCAAUGACACCGCAAUAUCUUGCCCUGAUACUCCACCGCCACCGUAUCGCGAAGUCAUGCUGCGACCGGGACUUUAUCGUAGCGCGUUACACAGUUAAAUAGCAACGUUGCCGCAAAUAUUACGGGAUAUAUUUAGGUACGAAAGGUAAAGUAUUAUUAUACUAUUAUUGAUUGACUUUUGUCAUUUUGAAAUUUAGUGCAUGAAUAAGCAUGCUGCAUGUUGACAAUUUUUCAUAUUUAUUGUAUUGCAUAAGAGAAUAGUAUCUUGCGAAGGUUGAUAUGUGAUGAUUUUGUUUAAAUAUUUAUAAUAAAGUAAAUUUUUAGAGA